CUUUGCUCUCAGAGUCAGCUUUCAUUAAGCAAUUUCCUCUUUUCGCUUUGGUCAAGAGGAGUGGCAUAAAGGCAUGAGGUUGAGUAUCACUUGAGGAAAGUUAGUUUUGCCUUUCUUCUCGGAGCCUCUUGGGGAUAGAGACGAAGAAAGGUCAACUCUUCCUCCAAUUGGGAGAUCAGUUCCCUUUAACAGAAUCAUUUCAGUAUAGAUACAGAGAAAUCAUUGAAGGCCCAACUUUAACUGAAAACAAACUUCAUACAUCACUCCAAAAAUGAGUGAACAGGAGGUGUCUUACUCAAAUGUGAGAUUUCAAAAAUGUUCAGAUUUGCAGAACCAAGUGAGACCUGAGGAGACCCAAAGGGCCAGAGCAGCUGGCCACAGAGAGAGGUCAGUCCCCUGGCAGCUCAUUGUGGUAGCUCUUGUAAUCCUCUGUUCCCUUCGGCUGGUAGCUGUUGUAAUGUUCGUGACAAACAUUUUUCAGUAUACUCAUGAAAAACAUGAACUGCAUGAGACUCUAAGCCACAAGUAUAAUUGCACAUCCAUGCCGAAUGACAUUGACUUAAAGGAAGAAAUGCUAAGAAAUAUGUUUAUAAAUUGUAGUCGAGGCAAUGAUCUUCUGCUAUCACUAAAGAGAGAACAGACAAGAUGGUACCGUGAAACUAAGACUGUUAUACCUUCCUUUCAGCACACAGGCAAAAAUGUUGAAAUAUACUGGUUCUGCUAUGGUAUAAAAUGUUAUUAUUUCAUCCUGGACAAAAAAACCUGGAUCAGAUGUCAACAAGCCUGCCAGAAAUCCAGAUUAUCCCUUCUGAAGAUAGAUGAUGAGGAUGAGCUGAAGUUCCUUCAGCUCCAGGUUCUUUCAGACCAGUACUGGAUUGGAUUGUCAUACAAUAAAGCAAAAGAGGAAUGGUCAUGGAUUGAUAAUGGCCAAUCUGAAUUUUCCUUGAACCUAAAAAAAUACAAUGAAAAGUAUGGAGGAUGUAUGUUCUUAUCUCAAACAAGACUAGAAAAUGCUAUGUGCAUGAACCGUUACCCAUGUAUUUGUCAGAAGAGACUUGAGAAAUUCCCUGAUUGACUCUCCAGCAAGAGUUAAAGGUGCCGGGAACCCAGGAAGAUUUGAUUCUGUCCCGUUCGUUUUUUUCCAUGAAGAUAUCAACCAUUCUAUUUUAUAUGCUUUAGAUAAUCAUCCUACUCUGUAAAGAUUUCUGCUUCAGAGGUAAUGUUUCUGCUGGCUUUAAUCACCUGAUGUCACUUUCUUAGGGUUAAUCACUGAGUUCCCUCUGAGAGGCAGCAGAAAGUAUCUAAGCCAUGGUAAAGUAGUAGCUUUCUCAGGAAUCUUUCAGUGCCUGGGAACAUGGGACAUCUCACUCAAUUCUGUUUCAAUGUGCCCCUGCCAGUGAGGAUAGCUAGGGUACAAAUUUGCAGAAAAACAAAUAACUCUCUAAUUGCCGUCCACACUCUCAAGCAAGUUCUUGCAGAACUGGCCAGGGAACAGACAUGCUUACAAGAUGUAUUCACUUCUACUGUAUCUAAUAACUCUCUCUGUUGUUUAUGGCCACCUUGGAUUCAUUUAUCCUUUUUUUUCUGUGCCUACAGUAAAUAUAAAUAUUCUCUUUCUCCCUGGAUUAAAUCCAAGGUUAAAGAAAGGUGAUCAUAUGUUAAUGAUUUAUCCCUUUGCCAUUUUCUUUUUUCUUUUUUUUUUUUUUUCUUUUUUUCGGAGCUGGGGACCGAACCCAGGGCCUUGUGCUUGUUAGGCAAGCGCUCUACCACUGAGCUAAAUCCCCAACCCCUCCUUUGCCAUUUUUUUUCCCAAAAAGCUUGGGAAAUGGCUUUCUCUUUCUGAUAUUUCUGACAUAGAUUUUUUUCCUAGGAUAUUCUAGUUCACAUUCACUGUAUUUUACCAACAAGUCUUGAACUCCUGACCUCCAUGCAAUGGUUUUCUUAGAAUUUAAAUGAUCAUUUCACACAGUUCCUCUAUUCUUCUUUCCCUGCCAGGUUCUGCUGAUACUAUCAAGUGUCAGCUCUACUGAAGCUUUAGCCUGUAGGGAUCUGCUUCCUGACUGUACAUCAAGUGGUCUUUUAAUUAUUACUUAAUAUUUGAUUAGGACCUUGUUCUAUAUCUAACCAGGGUUAAUAUCCUACUAAUUCAGCCACCCAAAUUAUGAGGUUAUUGACCUGCCUCACCUUUCAUAGUCUCAUAACAGUGUUAUGUAUUUUGGUCUACAUUAAAGUAUGUUUUCCUAAGAAUAUUGUUGUGCCACUUAAUACAACGUCUAAGUUAUUUCUCACCUACUUUGUGGGGUAUGAAGUGUGAAAUCAGGUUGUCAUUUUGUGUGAGUCAUGUUACUGGCCCAAGAAGCUUUUUAUGACUUCAGAGAAAUUUAACAGUUUUAUUUAUGCACUUCUGAUUAAGUUCAUAUUGUGUACACUUUGGUUAAUAAACCUUGUUUUCAAAAACCUUGGCCUAAAUCAAUAUGCUUUAAACUUAAACAACUGCCCAUUUUAUAUUUUUGUUUUCUAAUGAUUUAUCUGUAAUGAAAUCAUUAUCUAAGAGAGAGACUAUGUAUCUUUCAGUGUCACAGAUACAGAUAAUGAUGACUGUGGUAAAGCCACUCCAUAUCUGUUCAAAGACAGUACAUCUAUUUCCAGAUUUGGUGUGAGAAGGGAAGGAAAGAUAAAAGUGGAAUAUUUUGCUAUAUUUGUUGAUUUCCUGUAAUGAUUUGUGACUACUUAGUGACCAAAUGAUUUAACCUCAGGUCUCAGGCUACCAUGUAAAUAGGGUGAUGGACUAGAAAGGGAAGAAAUGUUCUUUUGAAAUUUGACUUAAAAUGGUAAAGGCCAUUUUUCUUCCUCUUUUACAAAGCAGCUUUGAAGUACAUUGGUUGAAUGCACAUAUCUGCAUCUGACUCUUUCAGCAGCUCCUUGGGUUUUUUAGAGGGCAACCAUUAUAGUUUUCCUUUUGUGAAUGCCCCAGAGCCUUGGUAAUGGUGUCAGGUCUUGGGGCCUCUCCUUGAGCCUGAUGCCACUUGAGGCCUGUUGCUGGAUCUUCUUUCCAUCAAGCUCUGCUUCAUUUCGAUCCCUUCAUCUUAUAUACAGGAACAGAUCUUUGAAUGUGGGAUAGCAGCCCCAUCCCUCACUUGAUGCCCUUUCUCUCUGUGGUAGUUUGGCGCAAAUAGUUCUGUCCCCCACUGUAGGGCAUUUUAUCAAGGGUACCCCCUUUGAGUCCUGAGAGCUCUCACCUCCCAGAUCUCUGGUAUAUUCUACAGGAUUUUCCCAACCUCCCUCCCUGAGGUUUCCAGUUUUCAUUCUUUCUGCUGGCCUUCGGGGCUUCAGUCCUUUUCCCCCACCCAAUACCAGAUCAUGUUCCCCUCUUCCCUUACCCCAUGACGUAUACAUCUCCUGUCCCUCACUCUCUCCCCCUCUUAUUGUUGUUUUCUUCUCCCUCCUAAGUGGGACGAGUUGUCCUCAUUUGGGCCCUUCACCUUGUUAAUAUUUUUGAGUUCUGUAAACUGUAUCUUGGGUAUUAUUUUUGGCUAAUAUCCAGUUAUUAGUGAGAACAUACCAUGCAUGUUAUUUGGGUCUGAGUUACCUCCCUCAGGAUAUUUUCUAGUUCCAUCCAUUUGUCUACAAG